GGCGGUAGAGCACCAGAGUCUCCGCCAGCAGCCGGAAGCGGAAGUAGACGCUCCAUGGCGUCUUUUUCAAAAAUUAAACUGUCGUCUCCUGGGAGCUCUUCUGUGCCUUUUAAACCACACAACGACGCAAGGAGACAACACAACAACAGUCGAGACAAUAACACAACACGGCCCCAAUGGACUUCUCGGAAGAGGAAAUAGAGACGCAGCUCGCCCUGCUGGGCCACACUCACGUCCCCAAGGAGAGACUGAGAGAAUUCAAGCAAGAUCUUGAGCUGUUGAUUCAAAAUGGCGGCUGGCCGGGUUCAUCGUCGACCAUGAACAUCAAAGCACAACAAUGGAGGCCGCCUGCCGUCACCAAGGAGAAAGUGAGACCACGUGACUUUGAGGCGUCCCCGGCGGGGUUUUACCUCCAUGAGGAUCAUCACCAGGGCCGCGAAGACCACAGUUGGAGCGGUGGAGCAGCGCUGACGGACGACGGGGACGCGCCCACUCCCACGCCGAGUGGCGCCUUCAUCCCCGACACCCACGGGAGACACUUCAUCAAGAGAAAAGUGCUCAGGAAGCGAGGAGGACAGUCGCUGGUCUGUGACGAGUCCGUCUACAGCCGAGACUCUGAUUGUUCCAGCAGCCUUCAGGAGCGUCUGUCCGACCUCCGCUUGUCUCCGUCGGCCGGCCGCCACGUCGUCCCCGAGGACUCUCUGAGCUCCAUGGAGGGUGUGUCCCUGAGCGGCUUUGAGUCCUUCAUCACUCGCUCGACACGAGCAGGAAGUGACGUCGACUUCAGAGCCAAACCCAAAUCCUUCAUCAGACCCGUGCUGACUCAGCAGACCAAGAAGACGGACUGUGUGGCCAGGUACUGCCAGUACAAGCAGCUGUGGGACACAUUCAAGGUUCCUGGAGAGCGCGACCACAAGGAACUGCGCUGGGAAAUCAGGGAACGUCUGGCCUACCAGCCUCCAGCGCCCAAAGCCCGCAGGACCUACGUGGCCAACACCUACGUGGUGCCCACUGACAAGAAGCGCUCGGCUCUGCGCUGGCAGGUCAGGAACCACCUGGCCCUUGGAGGACCUCAUCAUCAAUGUUCAUAUUAGUAUUAUUUUUAUUAAUAAAUGUUUUUAUCUCACA